CUGCUGGCUCUUUUUUUUUUCUUGCGCCUCCUCGUUGAUACCCAAAACUCGAACCUCCCUCAAACCACAACAAACCGCCCUUCUUCGUCCCUUUUUCUCUUCAUUUCCAGAUACCACCUCACAACCGCAGCCAUGGGUUUCACCGAUCUCCUCACCGAUGCUGGCCUUGCCGUCCUGAACAGCUGGGUUUCCACCCGCUCCUACAUCGUUGGCUACUCUGCCACCCAGGCCGACGUCACCGUCUUCAAGGCUCUCAAGGAGGCUCCCAACGCCGCCAAGUACCCCGCUGCCGCCCGCUGGUACAAGCACGUUGCUACAUUCGAGGAUGAGUUCGCCACCCUCGAGGGCGAUGCCGGCAAGCCCUACACCGUCUACGGCCCUGAGGUCGCCGAGGUCACCCUGAACCCCGCCAAGGCCCCCGCCGCCGAGGACGACGACGAUGUUGACCUGUUCGGCUCCGACGACGAGGAGGAGGAUGCCGAGGCUGUCCGUAUCCGUGAGGAGCGUCUGGCCGAGUACCGCAAGAAGAAGGAGAACAAGCCCAAGGUCGCUGCCAAGUCUGUUGUCACCCUGGAUGUUAAGCCUUGGGAUGACGAGACUGAUCUGGCUGCUAUGGAGGCUGAGGUCCGUGGCAUUGAGAAGGACGGUCUGGUCUGGGGUGCUUCCAAGCUGGUCGCUGUCGGCUUCGGUAUCAAGAAGCUGCAGAUCAACUUGGUCGUUGAGGACGAGAAGGUCUCCCUGGACGAGCUCCAGGAGCAGAUCCAGGAGUUCGAGGAUUACGUCCAGUCCACCGAUGUCGUCGCCAUGCAGAAGCUGUAAAGCAAUUUUGAACGAAAGAAAAAUACGGGUGUUGCACUGUUGAAACGAAAUUUAUCAUGGGUAAUGAAUGAUUGGGGACAAGAAUCUAUCAGUGUCUUACAUAGUUUGUUAUGCGCUGGGUGAGGGACAAUCAAAAAGAUGCCCUCUCGCAUAGUCACGGAUUCCAAAAAGUAAAAAAAUACAAAGCCAUAGACAAAUAUUUUUACUGGGUACAAGCU